AUGUCUAUUUGUUUUAUGAUAGAGAAAGAGGAGGAAGAAGAAGAAGAAGAAGAAGAAGAAGAGGAAGGGAAGGAAAGGAGAAAAGGUAGUAACAACAUGAAUUCAAUCAACAUGUUGCAUCCUAUGAACAACAGCAAUAACAAUAACAAUGAACUGUUAGUUGAUGACAUGGGUACUAGUCCACCUGGUUCAUCGUUUCUAACCUUUAAAGCAGGUCCUAAUAACAACACCUAUCUUCAACAUCAUCAACAUAGUAAUAGCAAUGACAGCAGUGGCGGUGGCGGUGGUGGUAGUGGUAGCAGUAACAGUAGUAUUGCCUCAUCUUCUGGAGGUGGUGCUCUCAACAACAACAAGACAUUGACAUCAGGAUGGUAUGAAGCACCUCUAUUUGAUACUGGCUUUAUCUCUUUUCUCAAAUCUGAAGAGUUUAGUGAUCUAACAAUCAUAUCUGAUGGUAAACAAUAUCAUCUGCAUCGUGUCAUUUUGGCUCAUUCUUCAAAAUAUUUAUCUGAUUAUUUUGAUAUUGGAAAUAAUCAUAAUAAUAAUAACAACAACAACAACGGAAAUAAUAAUAAUGAUAGUGAUAAUAAUAAUUCAACCUAUUUAAUUAAAAUUGAUAAUAAUACAUAUGAAUUAAAAGGACAAUUUGUGGAAUACUUUGAUCAAGUGGUUGGAUACAUGUAUGAUGGUAAAAUUGGUUUAACGCAACACAAUUCAUUGCCGAUACUGUCAUUGUCGAGUACUCUACACAUCAAAGCUCUGAAACGAGAAUGUACAUUUUAUCUAACGAGAUCGAUCAACAAGGAGAACGCAUUCCAUAUGCUACACAAAGCAAUUCACAUCAAUUCAGAGGAUUUGAUCACUAAAUGUAUAACUGUCAUUUGUAAACAUUUCAAUCAAAUCAUUCAACCUCAUUUCUCUGCCAUCUUUUUAAAUCAUCAUAUUAAUCAUAACAAUACUAGUAGUAGUAAUGGUGGUAUAUUGAGUGAUUCAGUUGAUAGUUUAUUACCAUCAAUCAAUCGAACAAAUAUUCACCAUAAUAAUAAUAAUAAUAAUAAUCAACAAGACUCAGAAUUUGAAAAUGAUCAACAUCUCAUUUCAGCUUCAACUGGUUCUGAUAUCGAUCAAGAUGAUGAUGACAAUAAUAAUAAUAAUAAUAAUAAUAUAACAAUAUCUACUAAUAAUAAUGUACAACAACAACAACAAACUUUACCACUAUCAAUUAAUAAUAAUUCAAAUGUAAUAAUGAAUACAUUACAUUUACAAAAUGUAACAAAGAUGGUACCAUCACCAGUACCAUCACCAUCAUCUGUACCAUCGUAUUUGGCACAAUCCAAUAGCAACGAUAAAUCAUUAAAUAUUACAACUAUUCAUACGGUACCAGAGUUACUUUCAUUGUCUGUGCCAAUCAUGAUUCGAUUGAUGCGUCAAAAUAACUUGUCCGUUUCAAAUGAAGCCAUUGUAUACAAGACCAUUGUUAAAUAUAUUCAUGCCAAUCGAUCGACACUCAACGAAUCUGAUAUUGCCUCGUUGUUUGAGGUUGUCCGUUUCCCACUAUUCAACUACCAACAAUUGGAAGAGGCACAAGAAAAUACACUCAUUCCAAAACAUCUUAUCACCGAAGCACUCCUUUUACGUUUAAAGAUGCAUGAAGGUCCAAAGACAACACCACCAGCACCACUCGAUUUAACGGGAUCGAGUUUUACAGGUACCAGUAAUGGUGGUGGAAUACUCUCUUCAUUGGCAGCUGCUGCCUCUUCUACUUCACCAUCUUCAUCACAAUUGUAUAAUCGAUCGGCAACAGUAUCAAAUAGUAGUGAUGGUCCAGGUGGAGUGGGAGUAGGCGGAGUCAUACUACCAGGGAUGGAAUUUGACAAUCAAUCAAUGAGAAAGACACCAAGAGCAGCUUAUGCUAUAUCAUUGGAAUAUAAACACGAUUUUGAUACUUGUGGUGUAUUUUAUUAUAUUGGUACUAAUGGAUACAAGGAGGAAUGGAGUAAUCCUGCAAUGCGUGGUCGUGUACGUGUUACCUCUUCAUCGAUUGAAAAGGGAAGUGUUACGGAGUGCGUUGGACGUAAUCCAAGUGAAUGUUGGUCGAUGGAUGUACCCGCAUCGUGGAUAGCUAUUAAUUUGGGGUCUAGUCGUACCAUGGUUCCCACCUAUUACACCUUGCGUCAUGGAGGCAACAGUAAAGCUGAUUGUCUUCGAAACUGGACACUACAGGGAUCAAUGGACAGCAAGAAUUGGACGGUUCUAUCAAGACAUAGCAACGACUGUUCUCUCAAUGGUAAUUUCAGUACAUUUACAUGGCCCAUUCUCAACUGUACGCAAGCGUAUCGUCACUUUAGACUCUUGCAAACUGGUAGAAAUUCAUCAAAUCAUAAUUUCCUUAGUAUCUCUGGUAUAGAGUUUUAUGGUGAUCUUUAUGAAACUAGAAGAGAUGAACAAUAG